AUGGCUCGGGCUUUGGAGCAUCAGCCGAACGUUGGUGAGAAUGCAGCGUCUCACAAUUUGGCUACCUUCCAAAGGAAGAAUCCACCUGUCUUCAAGGGCACUCAUGAUCCUGAUGGCACAUUGACAUGGUUGAAUGAGAUUGAGAGAAUCUUUCAUGUGAUGGAUUGUACUCCAGAUCAGAAGGUUCGGGAGUUCUUAAGGAAGUACUUUCCCGAGGAUGUUUAUGGCAAUAAGGAAAUCAAAUUCCUUGAGUUGAGACAAGGGAAUAAGUCGAUUGUUGAGUAUGCUGCUAAGUUUGGUGAGUUGGCUAAGUUCUAUCAGCAUUAUGAUGGACCAACUGGUGAAUUUUCGAAGGGCAUCAAGUUUGAGAAUGGAUUGCGCCCGGAAAUAAAAAAGGUUAUUAGUGAGAAGCGAGGCAAGAGUCAACAAGGCCGUGGCAAGCCUUAUGAUACUCUAGUUGGCAAGGCCGGUCAUAAGAGUACUGUAUAUAAUGUUGAAGCGAAGAGGUGUUUCCGUUGUGGGAAGUUUGGACAUGCGGCGUCUGAAUGCCAGCAUAAGGAGAUGGUUUGUUUCAAAUGUGGAGAAGAGGGGCACGUUGGUAGCAAGUGUCAGAAACCAAAGAAGGAGCAAGCUGGUGGAAAGGUGUUCGCCUUGUCGGGAACUCAGACCACUAGUGAGGAUGCACUCAUUAGAGGUACAUGUAUCGUUAAUAACACUCCUCUAAUUACUAUUAUUAAUACUGGUGCUACUCAUUGGUUUAUCUCUGCUAAUUGUGUUGAAUGGAGAGAUGGUCGUCGACACUCCAGCUAA